UUUCCCAACUUUCCAUGAAACAUGCUGGGGCUGAAGAGGAAAAAACAGCGUUGUCUAGAAGAUGAGGACGCUUUGAGGUGCUGUAAGGAAACAAACAAGAAGCGUUGCUGUAAGCAGUUUGAAAGAGAACGAUCCUAUUAUUUCGCAAGGCUGCAGUCAUGGGAGAAGCAUGCUGAUCAUGUGGCUUCAGAAACUCGGAACAUUGUUGUCAGGAAAGGCUCCCCGAAGAAGAGAUUUAAAGAUUGUACAUUAAGAGAUCAGCUGCUACACCACAACAACAAUGGCUGCCGUCACAGUACACCAGGAAAUGUUGCCCCUAAUGAGAGGAGUUACUUGUAGACCUUUCAGGUCUUUGAAGGUCAUCUCCGUCGCCCUGUUCACGUUUUGCAGCAUCUUAAUGGUGUUGCUGUAUAAAGGGAACAUUGAUUGGAUGAUGUUCAAACCAACGAAUAAAGUUAGUAGAACUGCUACUGUGAAGCCUUCCGCCCAGCCGGUCAGCACCUGCUCCUUCGAUUUGCUGUCGCCUGAGGAGCUUCUGGUCUUUGACUCGCUAAAAGAGGCCAUUGUUUGGCCUGAAACGCCGUCCUUAAAGUCGGACUCUUCCCUGAACGACACCAGUGAUCCCAGGCGCAGCAGCUUCACCAUUCUCCCGAGGAGCGGAGGGGGAAGCUGGCGAGUAGGGGAUCAGCUGCAGGUUUCCAUAGCAAUCAGAGACUUCCACGGCCGUCCUAAGAAGUCUGGAGGAGACGUUCUGCUGGCUCGGCUUCACAACAGUACUUUUCACGCUGGGGUGGCAGGGCAUGUGGUGGACCAUCGCAAUGGCUCCUACUCGGCGUUUUUUUCAUUGCUCUGGGAAGGACGAGCACAAGUUGAGGUAGUCCUAGUUCAUCCCAGUGAGGCGGUCACAACGCUGCAAAAAUUGACCGAGGAGCAUCCUGACAGAAUCUACUUUAAUAGUCUGUUUCAGUCAGGCUCUGUCAGUGAAACCACCACUUGUAACGUGUGCCUUACCGGAACCCAGCAGAGAUUCUGCGACUACACUGAUCUCAGGACAGGGGAGCCGUGGUUCUGCUACAAGCCACACCAACUGGAUUGUGAUGCCAGGAUCAGCCACGCCAGAGGAGGAUUCAGGCAAACCCUCAAGUCCACAGAGGAGAAGCUCUUUCAGCGUGGUGUCAAUAUGAAAGUCUCCAUUCCAGCUUCAGGACCUCAAAACGUCGACAUUUUACCAAAUGAAAAAGAUAUAAACAGACUGACUUUCAAGACCCCCCCCUCUGGUUAUUACUACAAGGGCGCAUGGCAAGCACUAGAUGGCACCAGAGUACAUCAGUUUAACUCCAGGUCAAUCAGCCAGUGUCUGAAAGGAAAAGCUGUUCACAUCUUUGGGGACUCCACCGUGAGGCAGUGGUAUGAAUAUUUAACCAACUCGCUACCAGAUCUCAAGGAGUUUGACCUUCAAACCUCAAAGCAAAGUGGACCUUUAAUGGCGCUGGAUUAUGUGAACAAAAUUUCAGUGACGUUCCGCAGCCACGGUCCUCCCAUCCGUUAUGCCAGCACGUCCGUCAGCCAGCUACAUUACGUCGCCAAUGAACUGGACAGCGUGCUUGGAGGCACCAACACCGUUGUGGUCAUCGGUGUCUGGUCUCACUUCAGCACUUUCCCCGUGGAGGUCUACGUCAGGCGUCUGCUGAACAUUCGGAAAGCGGUGGCGAGACUUCUGAGCAGAGCUCCGGGUACCACUGUCGUCAUCCGGACUGCGAACCCAAAAGAGAUGACGCUUUAUGAGAGUUUGACUAACAGUGACUGGUUUUCGCUGCAACGGGAUAAGGUACUGAGGGAAAUAUUCAGAGGAAUGAAUGUCCGACUGGUUGAUGCAUGGGAGAUGAUCCUGGCCCAUCACCUUCCGCACAAACUCCAUCCAGACUCUGACAUACUCAAGAACAUGGUUGAUGUUCUUUUAUCUUUUGUAUGCCCUCUAUAGCUGACAUACGGCUAGAGGACUUUUCUUCCUGUUCUACUUCUCCUCAAGAUAAGUAGAAAUGGAUUUUUGGUGACAGUGUUUGGAAUUAGGGAAAAAUAUUGGUGCCAUAUUGCCACAAUUGUUUCAGAACAGAUCAUUCGGUUGUUCUGAAACAAUCAAACGGUCUGUUACUGAUAUGUUAGUGUUGCUAACAUAUCAGUAAGACAUGUUAGCAUCUUACUGACCAAAACAACUUCAGGGAUUCCUCUACAGUAGCGUUUCAAAAACUUUUUCAGGCUGAGAACCUUUUUUUAAUUUUUUUUAUAGAACUUACACUUUAAUUUUUUUUACAGAGCAAUAAUACAGCCAUACUGUACGUCAA